GGUUCAGAGUAAAACUGGGAAGCAGUAGAAAUGGUAGAAUGCAUGUUGUUGUCUCCGAAAUGGCCUGAAUACCAAACUUAGUGCAGGCAUCAUGAAUAUCGGCGUCUCGAACCAGCACGGCAAUGGCCUUCUUUAUGCAGGCUUUAAUCAAGAUCAAGGUUGUUUUGCUUGUGGAAUGGAAAAUGGAUUUAGAAUUUAUAACAGUGACCCACUGAAAGAGAAGCAAAGACAAGAUUUUGAAGAUGGGUCCAUUGGCCAUGUGGAAAUGCUUUUUAGAUGUAACUAUCUGGCACUAGUUGGUGGUGGUAAGAAUCCAAAGUACCCACCAAAUGAAGUCAAAAUAUGGGAUGAUUUAAAGAAAAAUGCUGUGAUAAGUCUUGACUUUUCCAGUGAUGUUAGGGCUGUCAAGUUACGAAGAGAUAGAAUCGUUGUUGUGUUGGACACAAUGAUCAAGCUUUACACCUUCACCCUCAACCCACAGCAGCUUAAUGUGUUUGAAACCUGUCCUAAUCCUAAAGGUCUAUGUGUGUUGUGCCCAAGUAGUAACAACUCAUUACUGGCUUUCCCUGCAAGGAAAACUGGCCAUGUUCAAAUAGAAGACCUUGCAAAUACCGAGAAACCUCUCAAUGAGAUUGAGGCACAUGAGGGACCAUUAACUUGUAUUGCAAUGAACCUUCAGGGAACUCGUCUGGCUACAGCAUCUGAGAAGGGUACGCUGAUAAGAGUUUUUGAUACAAUGAAUGGACAACAACUGCAUGAGCUCCGGAGGGGUGCAGGCAGUGCUAAUAUUUAUUGCAUAAAUUUCAAUCAUGAUUCAUCAAUGCUAUGCGUCUCAAGUGAUCAUGGAACAGUUCACAUUUUUGCUGUCGAAGAACAAAAGAAGACAAAAUCAUCUAGUUCGUCCAGCGCACAUAGUCUUUUACCGAAGUAUUUCAGUUCAAAAUGGAGCUUUUCGCGAUUCCAAGUGCCAAGCGGCUCACACUGUAUCUGUGCAUUUGGCGCAGACAAGAACUCCGUCAUAGCAAUAUGCGCGGAUGGCAGUUACUUCAAGUUUACAUUUACACAGAAGGGUGAGACGACCAGAGAGGCGUACAACCAAUUUCUUCAGAUGACAGAUGGAGAUUAGGCCCGCAUGCAAUGAAUUUCCGAUUCCACUUCAAAUUGACGAUUAUCAACUCUAUGUCAGGUUUAAAUGACAGACUAUCAGAUGUUUUUAUGCUAUUGAAAUUAGGCCUUUUAGACGCAUUCCUCGACACAUUUUAUGUAUUUAGUUUAGCUUUUUUACUAGCCAUGUAGAAAGAAAAACCGUCAUAUUCAUUUAAGUCUCAAAGCAGAUAAUGUUGUUGUCAUCGCAUGAGAUUUGAAUGUAAGGCAGGAUAUAUGAAAUGUGUACAGGGUAUGAAAUAAUAAAAGGAAACUUUAAAAGGAACUGAGAGAAAACUCCAGACCAGAAAUAUCGCAUGCAAUGACAAACAGAGCUAAAAGCCGGAAGAAAGCAGAUGGAUAAAGCCGCAAUGAAGACCUUGACAAAAAUCUUACUUAAUCGGAAAUAUUUGUUGUUUGAUAAAAUUAUCUCAAAUUCAAAUACAUAAAUAUGUUUUAAAGGCUUCAAAGGUCGUAAAUUGUUAGUUAUUAUUUGUAAAUGUUUUCAGCGUACAGGUUACUUUAUUCGAGAUCAAAAAUAAUUUCAUACCUUAUAAA